AAAUUUUCAGCAGAACCUGAUUUUUUGGAGAAAAUUUGUGUAAAAAGAAAGAAAAUAAACAAAGAUGUCUGGAAAGGAUAGGUUACCAAUUUUCCCUUCUCGUGGUGCCCAAAUGUUGAUGAAGGCUCGUUUGGCUGGUGCCCAGAAGGGUCAUGGUUUGCUGAAAAAGAAGGCUGAUGCCUUGCAAAUGCGUUUCCGUAUGAUUUUGGGUAAAAUCAUUGAGACCAAAACUUUAAUGGGGGAAGUUAUGAAGGAAGCUGCCUUCUCCUUGGCCGAGGCCAAGUUCACAACCGGUGACUUCAACCAGGUGGUGUUGCAAAAUGUCACCAAGGCCCAAAUCAAAAUCCGCACCAAAAAAGACAAUGUGGCUGGUGUUACCCUGCCCGUUUUCGAAUCCUAUCAGGAUGGUGCCGAUACCUAUGAAUUGGCCGGUUUGGCUCGUGGUGGUCAACAAUUGGCUAAAUUGAAGAAGAACUAUCAGAGUGCCGUGAAGCUGUUGGUUGAGCUGGCCUCCUUGCAGACCUCCUUUGUGACCUUGGAUGAAGUCAUUAAGAUCACCAACAGAAGAGUUAAUGCCAUUGAGCAUGUCAUCAUUCCCCGUAUUGACCGCACCUUGGCCUAUAUUAUCUCCGAAUUGGAUGAAUUGGAACGUGAAGAAUUCUACCGUUUGAAGAAAAUCCAAGAUAAGAAACGUGAGGCCCGUUCCAAACAGGAAGCCCACAAGGCUGAAUUGUUGAAGAAGGGUAUCGAUGUACGUGAGGUGGCCAACAUCUUGGAUGAGGGUGAUGAUGAUGUGCUAUUCUAAGUUCGCAUUACUUUGUAAAAUUAAAAAGA